AAAGUAACCAACUUUGACAUUACUAACCUCAAACUUCUUUAUUAGUUAUUAAAAAACGAUGAGGUGAGAUAACGGGACGAAAAUGUUGUUUUUGCUACUAGUAAUCGGUGCUGUGACUGUAAAUUGUGAUAGUUUUAACCCUACAUAUGUACGUUUAAAUUAUAGUGAUUAUUAUGACUUCAACAUUAACAAGUCGGUUGAGUACAUCCUGGACUUUGCGGCUGAAGAGCUAAUAUAUCCACCGAGAGUUUCCAUAAACAGCAGCAAUGCCGAUCUCUCCACCCCCUUGAUGGUAGUUGCAAGGCAACCAAAAGAGUUGGUGUCAUGGCAGCUGCCCAUGAUCCUGGAGAGCGAUUCGGGCAACAACAAUUUCACCAAAAUAUCCCGGACGUUGUGUCAUGACAUGUACCGACGUUAUUUGCCCAAAGGGAUGGGAAACGUCAGGGUGGAUAGCCCCAUCGUCAGCGUUGCGACGGCUUCAGAGAAAAAUGUGACUUUUUCUGUGAAGGUAGAUUACCAAGAAGACUUUUUUAUUCAGCCUUCUAUACAGUAUAACUUUACUAUUACGCCGAGCGAACCGAGGUAUUAUUUUUACAAUUUUUCUACUAAUGUGUCAGAGGAGGUGAACUCGAACUAUGAGACUGUUAUAUUGGAGGUGUUCUCGAACGAUUUCGUUUGCAUGACUGUCAGUAUUCAGAAUGCUAGCUGUCCUGUCUUUGAUACCAAUCAGGAUAUCACGUUCAGGGGCUUUUACGAGACUGUUAGUACACAAGGAGGGAUCACAAUACCUAAAUAUAAGUUUCCGUAUGGUUUCUUCGCCGUCUUCGUGGCAAAAUCCGACGACUCCGACUGCCUCGGCUCCGCCGGCAUCUCCAUAACCAACCGCAUGAAAUCGAUAACCCUCAUCGUCAAACCGAGCAUUUCUUACGAAGAUUACGUCAAGGCAGUCCUCGUGACUUUGGGUUCCAUCGGUGCCUUCUACUUUGUUUUCGUUGCGGGUUUCAUUUUCUGUUCGAAACGCAGCUACGUGCCAAAGCAAAUGGAGUACGUUAGCUGCGAGGUGCCGACGCCCAGCACGACGUGUACGUAUUUGCAUUCCCUGGGGCACCCGGAUAGCGCGGGCCUUUUUCCAGGUGCCGAAGCCGCUGACGACAUCUCGCUCGACGAAACCGAAUAUGACGUGGUCUCGGAAUCCGACCAAGACAGAGGCAUUCGGUUGAGGAAAUCGGUGAUUUAUUUGAGCGAUCUGGCCAGGAUGGAUCCUCGGGUACACAAGUACAAGUCGUAUUUGUACCUCUACAAUGUGCUAACGGUGGCGCUGUUUUACGGCUUGCCCGUCAUACAAUUGGUGGUGACGUAUCAGAGGGUCUUGAACGAAACAGGACAACAGGAUCUUUGCUAUUAUAAUUUUCUGUGUGCACAUCCCGUCGGGGUGAUCAGCGAUUUUAAUCACGUGUUUUCCAAUAGCGGGUAUGUGCUGUUGGGACUUCUGUUCCUCGUCAUUACAUACAGGAGGGAGAUUUUGCACAAGGACUUAAAUUUUGACAGGCAAUAUGGCAUCCCGCAACACUAUGGAAUGUUCUAUGCGAUGGGCGUGGCCCUGAUGAUGGAAGGAGUUCUUUCUGGAAGCUACCACGUCUGUCCAAACAAAGCGAAUUUCCAAUUCGACUCUAGUUUUAUGUAUGUGAUGGCGGUCUUGUGCAUGGUCAAGCUCUACCAAAACCGUCAUCCCGACAUCAACGCCACCGCUUGCGCAACCUUCGGCGUCUUAGCCGUCGCUAUCUUGCUCGGAAUGAUAGGAAUUUUAGAAGGAAAUCUCUACUUCUGGAUUAUCUUCACGAUCAUCUAUGUGUCGUCUUGCUUGUAUUUAAGUAUACAAAUAUAUUACAUGGGGUGUUGGAAAUUAAACAAAGAUCUCGUAAUUGGAGUGUGGCGUACGUGUGUUUAUGAAUUCGGAUCUGGACCUCUGAAUGUAAUCAAGCCCAUACAUACAGCCCGGAUGUGUUUACUCGUUCUAGCUAAUUUAUGCAAUUGGGCUUUAGCAAUCUGGGGCUUCUAUGGCCACCAGAAGGACUUUGCUCUCUUCCUUUUAGCAGUUUUUAUGGCGAAUACGUUAUUGUAUUUCUUCUUCUACAUCAUAAUGAAGUACAUUCACAAAGAACGUGUGAAUAAAUUAGCCUGGUUUUUCCUGGCGCUUUCGUGGUUGUGUGCCGCUUCAGCUAUGUAUUUCUUCCUCCAUAGAAGCAUCUCUUGGUCUAAAACUCCCGCAGAAUCGCGAAAAUUUAACCAAGAGUGUGCGUUUCUAAGAUUCUACGACUUCCACGAUAUUUGGCAUUUUUUGAGCGCAAUAGGGAUGUUUUUCACUUUUAUGGUUCUGUUAACUUUGGACGACGAUUUAUCUCAUACUCACAGGAGUAAGAUUAUCGUAUUUUGAGAAUUUAUUUUGUACUUUCCGCUACACUUGUAUUGACUGAAUAGGCAUUAAAACUCACCUCGUG